AACAUAAUACUGUUACUUGUGAUAUCAUGGCAACUAAAUAAUUAUGAAAAUAAUAGCGAACACCAAAACAGCUUAAACAAGGAGAAUAAUGUCCUCAAUUGUUGGAGCUAAGAACAAAAUUUAUGACUUUUUCUUAAUGAACCUUGUGGAUUAGGUAUUGAUCUCAUCUUUUCAAAAAAGAAAAGGAAAAAGGGCAUCUCAGUGUUUUUUUCCUAGUUUUAUUUCACAUGAUUUCUGCUGUCUUUCUUUUGCUUAAGCAAAGCAAAGAGGGGCCUUGAGCCUCAGGUUGGCCUUUGUCCAAUAAAAUUGGCCUACCGGAGGAUAAUUGAGACAUUUUAUUGGCUCCUCGACUCUAAUACAACAAGUCCUCAUCAAGAAACAUAAUAUGAAGAAAAGAGCAAUUAAGAUCAGGAAGCAUGUCCUUGUUUGUUCUCUCUUCCAUGUCUCAUCCUGAAAUGGAGUCGGUAGCUCUGGUGAAUGAUGAUGCCAAGUCAAACAUUAUUGAGAGCCCACCUUGUUUUCUCUCAAGCUUUGUGCAAGUGGAAUCAUGGAGAGAGGUGGAAAGUAUGCCGGAUACUAGAUUGUCUUCUCUUUCAAUGUUCCCAAGAAGCAGAAUCUUUUUGUGGCGUGGAAUCUUUGAAAGCUCAUUUCAUUCUACCUUGAAGUGAAUUUCUUUUUGACAUCAAGUAUUUACCAUGCCAAUAAUUUUUUUUGGCAGGCGUUGGGUCACUGUAAACAUUUUAAAUCUAUUUUAUCUUUCAAAGAACUAACUUUACAUUUUUCCGACAACAGUGAUGUUGAUACAACUUGCAGGCUAAUCUUACCUGCAAAGUUCAUUUAAAGUAAUGCAGCUUAAAUAGUGGAGGCCAUACAUCUGCUCACUAACCUUAUGAGACCAAUAGCUGUAGGUAAGGUGGUUAAGCAUGUGCAUGAUGUCUGAAAUAGCUGUACCACAGACUCACUGAUAACUUUGCGCCAUAUCUUUCUUCCCUUCUCACAUUUCUUGGAACCUUCCAAUUGUUUUUUAUUUCAUGUGAUUUUUAUUGCUGUAAGUCAUAGCCAACGAGUGCCUUUAACUUUAUUGCUGUAAUCCUAUUUGGUGACUAGAAUAUUGCUAAGAUCUUCUCAAAUAUAUCUUUUUUCUCAAAGAUCAGAAUUGACCCGGCAAGCUUGAGCUAUUCUAAUUUGUUUCUGGGCAAAAAACAUGUUCUCAUGAAAUGCAGCAUUUGUUUGUUCUGUAAAAGUCAUUGCCUGUCAGUCUUUUGGAUACAUAUUUUGAGAAACUUCCCAAUUAUUGCUUGCUGACAGUAAUACAUGUUAAACAUAAAAAUUCAUACGAGCAAUCACAUUUAUUUGCUAUUUAGACUUUAAAGGUGUAGGCAAUUCCUAAAAACUCUAUACUUUUUUCCCUUCUUAUACAUAAUUUGCAUGUUCAUAUAGCAUAAACCUAAAAAAUAUAUAAGGCUUAUGGCCUUUCCCCCACGAGUUAUGCCUCAUAUGGAAAAUAGGUUCCGUUUUGUGAAACAAGAGCAGUAGAAUUUCUAAGAAGCUUGUGACAUCUUUAUAAGGAAUCUCUUUUGGUGGAGAACAUCUUUGCCUUGGAUUGGAAAAGGAUAGCUUCGUUCAUUCAUAGAGAGUGAGUAAGCCUAAUAUACAGUAAACCUUAAAUGAAUAGACAGUAGAAAAAAUUGUGUCGAUGACCAAGAAAGGACCAAUAGAAUCAUCCAUCCAUGACCCAUGCAGGCAUGCUUAUCACAAGUUAUGCCUUUGGUUGCUGACUUCACAAUCCAGACCAUAUAAUAGUAAAGCUAUGAUGCAACCACUGGUAAUGAAACCCUUUUUAUCAACAAUUCUUAUUUUCUCUGCUCAAUUAUUAUCCUAAAGCAUAUUCUGUUGGUCUGAGCCAUAAUUCUACAGCCCUCCUUAUCUUUUCAAUGCAUGUCACAUUUUCGUGACGGGCAAUUUGCAGAGACACAGAAACUUUUGUGAUUGCCUUGCCCAAGGUUGACAAGUUCUACACUCUACUCAAUUGGUAGGCUCCUCAGUUGAUUUGCUAAAGAGAGGAGCUGGGUCCUUGGGAGAGGAUAAUGGCCACUAUGCACUAGGUUUUGUUGGAUUGGACAUACUAGGCCGAGUUUGACCUCAUCGUUCCUUAGUCCUUAAGUCUUCGGCUAGUUGAUGUAGCAAUGGUUCCUCGGUUGAUGAAUCUGUUUUUGAGUAUUGAUAUCAUUUGCUGAUGCAACGAUAAUUUAAGAGUUAUUCUUAAAAUUCUGAGAAUAUAUGGAUUUCAGGAUGAAGCUUAAUUCUGACGUUACAUUAGUUUGAAAGAGGGGAAAAGAUGGAACUUUGUGAUGCUGAAAGUCUAUGGUUCAGAUCUCCCCAGUGCACACACAUAUGUGGUAGGAACUUUUAAUGUGUAGAGUGUUGUGUGUUAAUCUUGACUUCUUAAUCCUUAGACUGUUAUACUCGAUCAAAGGUACCACCCUUUUGUUGAACCUUACAGUCAAAGGAAUCUAGGCAUUGCACCUUUGAACUUGGUACUGCAAUUUAUUUUUGUUGCAAAUUGCCUGAAGAGUAGGUACAAACCUUCUGGAUUCAAGUUCCAGAUUGCCAUACCAUUCUAAGAGCAAACAGAUGUGUCAGUCCAUCAUACUGUUGAGCACCUGCUCAUGUCCACUUCAGCUUCCGACACAAAGACAUAUUUAACAGAAUCCAAACUGAUUACUGGUGCACUUGCACUGACUACCGCGAGAAUGCAAAGCCAAACGUGCUUCAUUAUAUAACACAUGCACGCACGCACGCACCAUGAUUUUUGUUCUCAUAGUGAAUCCACCAUAUGUGCUCUUCCUCUUGAUGUAAUACAUGCUCAGGUAUGGGCGCGAAAAAAAAAUCCACCAUAUUUCCAUAAUUUUGAGGCGCCUAAAUAACAUUGAUAUUCUUGUCAUGUGUUUUUUUAGAAAAAAAGAAAGAAAAAUAGAACCAGCCGCAAAAGAUUGUCAAUGCUUGGUUUGCUGUCAAGUACCACCAAUUGCUACACUAAGACGUAAUACAUGGCAUUGCUUUGGUUUGGGCACAGUUUAUAGCUAUAGAUUUGAAGAUGAGCUGUUUGCUGCCAAAACAAGAUAGACAGGUCACAAAUAUGUAGCCGCCCAAACACGAAGUCACUGAGGCUGCCAAAUGGAAUCCAUUGCCCACUCAGGCAUCCAAAUUCCAAAUGGGAGACCAUGCAUCAAGUCAAGGAUCAGGAUCAUAAGAGCAAAGGGACCCAAAGCAAAAAAAAAAAAAAGGUAUUUGAGGUAAAAAGCAGCCACAGUACCUUUUUUUCUGACAACCAGCUGCCCCCACCCACAACACACAAAGCACUACCAAAUCCCAGAUGCCCCUUGCAAAAGCAGCAUGUGUCUGCAAUUGCAUCUCUUCUCUACCACCAAUGGCAGAUCUGUGUCUUGUUCCUCUCACAGUUAUAUGAGCCAUCUUGCCUGGGCGCUGCACAUCUCCUGACUUUCCAUGGCCUACCAUCCCCUCCUCCACAUAUAAAACCCUCUCACCCCCUUCAUCCCAUCUCAUUGUAGCCUCUAGAACCCCUGAAGUCUUUCUCUGUACAUACAUUCUUGUGAAGAUCCCGUGUAUCGAGUAGUUCCUGGGCUGUUUGUCGCAAGAACCCAAUUGCUCAACUGGUGUCCAAAUGGAUCCCAUUAGCAUAGAGAAGAUCAGGGCCAUGAACAAGUUUAGCAAGAGCAGGAGGCAGCAGAAGCUUCCUACUCUUUCAAUCUAUGUGGUGGCCACCUCUUUCAUCUGCCUGCUGCUCACUAGACCUGCUUGGUUCCCUAGCCUGUGCUCACUCCUCAGCUUCUUCAUCCUCACCACCCUCCCUAACUUGGUCACAGCCUUCCUGCUCAGCCCCAAGUGCCUCUUCGUCAUCGGCAACCUCAUCGUCGCCUUCCUGGUUGGUGAAUCUAGGCUGGCACCUAGGAGGGACGACGAUCAGCCUUCCUUGGUGAAUGAGAUACAUGAGGAGCACGUGAAGAGGAACAUGGCAAUGGUCACAAAGGCAACAACCGAAGCGGUGGUGGUGGCUGACCACAGCGCUUCUGUAGGAGUGGUGGGGCUGGGGGAGGAAGUGGAGGUUAAGGAAGACGAAGGGGAAGAGGAGGAGCUGCACAAGAGAGUGGAGGACUUCAUUGCAAGGGUGAAGAAGCAAAGGAAGCUGGAGGCCAAGAGCUUCUUCGAUGUUGAUCGAUAACUGUCUGGAAAGAUGCAAACUAAAUCAAAGAUUACAUCCAAAAAGAUCUGUAAGGCUUUGUGCUGCUAUCCUUGAUCAUGUCUUGUUAUGUUAGUUGUCAAAGGUAAGGAGGAGGUCAGGAGAUGAACCCAUUCCACCGUAGGAGUUACAGUGUCACUGAGGUGUAACCGUGGCAAGUAUUAGGGAAAGGAGACAUGGAAUGUGUGUGAUCUUUGAGAAAAGUACAAAAGAAGAAAAGUGAUGCAUGGUGUGUUUCUCUUAUCUUGCGUUGUGUCAAGACUCGAUUGGCAUGCUGCCAUCAUGAUGAUUAUAGCACUUCUGUACUGGGGAACAAAGAGAUUCUGUACUCUCAACCUGAUGUUUAUAAAGUUGUCGGGUAACUGAUUACCACAA